CAUAAAUCGCGUCGUCGGAGGUCCAAAUCCCCAUCACCACUCAAUUCUCCUCCCCCUCUCUCUCUCUCGCUCUCGCUCUCGCUUUCGCUUUCUGGCUCUCUCUCUCUCAGAAGAAAACUUGAAAACAAGAGGAACCGGAGAAAGGCCCAAACGGAGCACGACAGAGGCGAUCUCAAACCCUAGAAAUUGCGGGAGAGGGGAAGCCAGGGUUUGCAGAUCAGGAAAUGUUGACUCUGUGAUUCGCAUUUGCGUACAUUGGUGGCAUCUGUCAUAACUUUCAAUUCGCCAAGAUUACAAACGAGUAAUAGCGUUCAUUGAAUUCCGUCAUGGUUGCUACCGCCGCUACUUCUGCAUUUUUUCCAGUUAAAUCCUCAGCACCUGAAUCCGGGGUGAAUUCAUCCAGCAAACUUGGAGGGGUGCCAACGAAUGUGGAUGCUCAAGGGAGUAAAUCAAAAUCUGCUGCUGCUGGGCGUUUGCAGGUCAAGGUCAAUGCACAAGCUCCUUCCAAGGUAAAUGGGACAACAGUUGGUGUAGUGGAAAGUCUGAAGAUUGAGGAUGAGGUGCAAUCACCUCCACCUAGGACUUUCAUCAAUCAAUUACCGGACUGGAGUAUGCUUCUUGCCGCUAUCACAACAAUAUUCUUGGCAGCAGAGAAGCAAUGGAUGAUGCUUGAUUGGAAACCAAAGCGCCCUGAUAUGCUCAUAGAUCCAUUUGGUUUGGGAAAAAUUGUUCAGGAUGGUCUUGUUUUUCGUCAAAACUUCUCUAUCAGAUCCUAUGAAAUAGGGGCUGAUCGGACGGCUUCCAUAGAGACGGUGUUGAAUCAUUUGCAGGAAACAGCCCUGAACCAUGUGAAGAGUGCUGGACUUCUGGGUGAUGGCUUUGGUUCAACUCCUGAGAUGUGCAAAAGGAACCUGAUUUGGGUGGUUACUAAGAUGCAGGUUGUGGUUGACCGCUAUCCUACUUGGGGUGAUGUUGUGCAAGUAGACACUUGGGUUGCUGCAUCUGGAAAGAAUGGCAUGCGGCGUGAUUGGCUUCUUCGUGACCGCAAAACUGGGGAUGUCAUCACUAGAGCAUCCAGUGUUUGGGUGAUGAUGAAUAAAGAGACACGGAGGUUAUCUAAAAUUCCAGAUGAAGUGCGAGGGGAAAUAGGUUCUUAUUUUGUAGAUUCACCUCCUGUUGUUGAAGAGGACAGCAGAAAAUUACCAAAACUUGAUGAAAGCAGAGCUGACUAUGUUCAUACGGGGUUAAAGCCUAGAUGGAGUGAUUUGGACGUUAACCAGCAUGUUAACAAUGUGAAAUACAUUGGGUGGCUUAUUGAGAGUGCACCGCUGCAGAUUUUGGAAAAUCAUGAACUGUCCAGCAUGACUCUGGAGUACCGGAGGGAAUGCGGGAGGGACAGUGUGCUGCAGUCCUUGACUGCAGUCUCCGGUGGUGCUAUUGGUAGUUUGGCUGAUCAUGGCUACGUUGAGUGCCAGCAUUUGCUUCGACUUGAGAGCGGGGGUGAGAUUGUGAAGGCCAGAACUGAGUGGAGGCCCAAAUUUGCCAACAGCCUUGGGAGCAGCGGUCAGCUGCCUGCUGAAAGUGCAUAAUCCUCGGAGUCUCUUGCUAGCUGGAAUGGCAAGUGUUAUAUCCUGUGUGUCGCAGACCCCGUGUAAAAAUCCUACUCGAGUCUUUGGAUUUAUUUAUGCUCCUCCCUCCUAUAUACACACAUAUAUAUAUAUAUAUAUAUUCGUUUCCUUGUGGUCUUAUGGUAUUCUUUGAUGAGAGAAUAGAGUUGUAAACCCUUUGUAAGUAGUUUUUGCUGCCCUCCCACAUUAACCUCUCUCAUUGCUGCAUCUUCUGAACCUAUGAAUCAAACCCCUAAUGUACCUUUCUCAAGUCGGCAACUGAUACAAUUCAUCAUUUUUUGGGGUCUGCUCUUGCCUGAAAUUGAAAACGUGAAGAUUGCGAUUUAUGUAGUACUGUUGAAGCUCAUGUAUUUAAACUUUCUUAGGUGUUUCUCAA